CGAGGGCGAGCGUGUUUGUUGGGUCGGCGGACACCUCGUUCGUUCGUUCGGCGCGCCGCUCGCCUGUUGCGUCCGCUCCGUAAUCACGAGCCCGGCACCCGUCGCGCUGGUUUUGUGCGUUUCGGCGUAGAAUCCGCCGCAAUCCCGCGAUCAGUACGCCGUCGUCUCACGCCGGUUUUGCCGUGCGCGUCGCAUCAUAUGUGGAUAUGUGGGCUCAAUUGUGAUAUGAGAAACGCCGAAACGCCUAUUUCCCUGUGCCUGGAACCGCUCGCAACGCUCAGUACCGAUUCUACCGACUUGUUUAUCUCAUGCGAGAGACCGCCGUGCCUUCGUUGCGGUGUUAAUCAUAUCAGUGCGCUCGUACGCUCGUCAUUCCUAACCCUCAGUACGUUGUUUACCUCAAGUACCUGACCGUGGACUCGAGGAGAUUACGCGUCGCACGAGGUUGACUGAAAGUUCGGCGUCGACAUCAGAGAAGAAAAUUGAAAACGCGCCAGGAAUUCGCCUCUUUCUUACAUAAAUAUCUCCGUGGAGCGAGGAGCAGUGAGUGAUGUUGAAGUUGUUUGUCUCGUCGAGUUGACCGCGCGACUGCAAGAUGGCCGACCUGUGGUAGAAGUGUGCGGAUAAGUUUCUACCAUGAUGAAGACGAUGGUCUUGAAGAAAUCCGGCCUGCAAAGCGUCGAUCGCAGUUCCUUCGGCAGCAGCGGCGGAUUUAGCAUCAGCAGCAAAUUCAGUGCGAAACACUCGAAACUGAACGGCAAGAACGAUCACAAUGGACAUCACAAAGGGAGUGUUGGGAAUGUUAAUAAUCUGAUGGGUGAUUACAUUCGUCAUCCAGUUUUGUACGAGUUGUCGCACAAGUAUGGCCUGCCCACGGAGCACCUGCCCGACUCGCAGCUUGCGUGCAAGCUCGAGGAACUCAAGGAAAUCAUCCGCAAGGAGAUCCGGCGCGAGCUCAAGAUUAAAGAGGGUGCUGAGAAGCUGCGCGAGGUGGCCACCGAUCGCAAGUCGCUCAAUCAUGUCAGCGUUAUUGUCAAGAACGCCAACUCCAAACUGGCCGAGCUGAAGUAUGAGCUUUCAGAGUUGGAAUCGCAGAUUAUCUUGACCCAGGGCCAAAGCUCGCCGUCUUGUCUACCUACCAAUGGAGACUCUAUGAUUUCGUCGCCGUUAUCAUCACACCAGAAAGGACAAGAUGGCGCGUUUCAAGAUCCGCGAUUGCAAUCGCUGGAGAAGCAACUGAACAUUGAGCUCAAAGUGAAACAGGGCACUGAAAAUAUGAUCCAAAGCAUCACACGCGAUAAGAAAUUACUCGCGGAAGCGCAGCAAAUGCUGCUGGAUUCCAAGGCAAAAAUAAACUUCCUACAAAUGCGUAUUCUUAAAGUAAAACAUAAUAUUAACAAUAAACACCACAGCGGUUCUAUUCACGAUUUAUCUUCAAACGGCGAUGCCAGGGAACUGGAAACUUCUUUAGAAGAGCGGAUCGACGACAUUAGACACCGUCUGCGCAUCGAGGCAGCCGUUGUUGAAGGAGCCAAAAAUGUGAUUCGCUUGUUGCAAAAUGGCGGCAAGGAAAAGUCGGACAAGAAAGCUCUGCAAGAGGCUCAAGCUAGUUUGUCUGCAAGUAGCAAGAAACUAGACCUCCUAAAAAAGUCCCUCGAACUGCGUCGGCAUGAAUUGCCGCCCGAUAGUCGAGCCGCCGAGUUGCUCAAGCGCGAACUGCAGAAUGUGCAAGCUGCAAGUCCACACACAGUGUACACCAGCUUACAACCAUUCGAUUCGUCAGACAAAAAGUACAAUACAUCACUAUCGACGUUUAACCGGACGGCGGCUGUGACUGGCACGCUGGAGGUUCGUCUCAUGGGUUGCCAAGAUUUGCUGGAGGAGGUGCCAGGUAGAUCCAUGCGGGAUCGCGAUGUCACCUCCAGCCCCAGCGACUUUAGGGGAUUUAUGAAGGGCGUCACGGGUCGCAGUUCCUCUAAAAGCUACAUAGUAAAGAACGAAAUCAGCAAUGAAAUUAUGGCACUGAUCAAGUUGGACAACCAACUUGUGGGCCAAACCAGUUGGAAACCAUGUUCACAACAAGCUUGGGACCAGAGAUUUUCAAUUGAACUAGACAAAUCGCGAGAGCUAGAGAUUGGCAUCUAUUGGAAAGACUGGCGAUCGUUGUGCGCCAUUAAAUUUCUAAAACUAGAAGAGUUUAUAGAUGAUGUACGCCACGGCAUGGCGCUGCAAUUAGAACCGCAAGGGUUAUUAUUCGCUGAGAUCAAAUUCCUUAACCCGAUGAUCACGCAACGGCCAAAGCUGCAACGACAGCGCAAAAUAUUCAAACAGGAAAUUAAGAAUUUCCCGCGUGCCAACCAAAUGAACAUCAAUGUUGCUACUUGGGGUCGUCUACUAAAACGCAAAGGUGAAAAUCCGCAACCACCUAGUCCUCCAGAAUCACACAAAUCGGAUUCCGAACCAGCUGAGGACAAGGCGGAAACACCGGGUGAAAUUCCCGAUCCCCAGAUUGGCGGGCUUGGUGGUCAGCGGCCAUUAGGAUUGGGGGCACCUAUGCUUCCUGUGGAGACACCUCCAGCGCCCGCUCCUAGAAAGAUGCAGCCUCCGCAAACUCCGCCUCCAUUACCACCAAGGAUGAAUUCGUUGGAAGAUGAGAACGCGGCGUUGAGCGCGUUUGACUUCCUAGACGAACGGGAAACGCGGGUGGGGCCUCUAAUCAUUCCGAGCACGCCCAACACUCCGGUUAGUUAUGAACACCAUCAUCAGCAUCAGUACCAUGUCGAGCUGCCGGUUUCUGAACCGGUGGUCGAGUUUCCCGACGACGACGAGGCGGUGGAACCACGUCGUCCUAUUGCACGUGAACUUAGUCGAACCACAUCGUACGAAUCACGCCGGCUCUCCAUGCCGAAGAUCGGCAUGACAAUGGAGAACUUCAAAUUGAUCAGCGUUCUGGGUCGCGGUCACUUUGGCAAAGUUAUUCUGUCACAGUACCGCAACACGGGCGAAUACUUUGCGAUCAAGGCGCUGAAGAAGGGAGAUAUAAUUGCGCGCGACGAAGUCGAAUCGCUACUCUCAGAAAAGCGCAUUUUUGAAGUGGCUAAUUCGAUUCGCCAUCCGUUCCUGGUCAACCUCUUCUCGUGCUUCCAGACAGAGCAGCACGUCUGCUUUGUAAUGGAGUACGCGGCCGGUGGAGAUCUUAUGAUGCACAUACACGCCGACGUCUUCACCGAACCACGCGCAGUCUUCUAUGCUUCGUGCGUCGUGCUUGGAUUGCAAUUCUUACACGAAAACAAAAUUAUUUAUCGCGAUUUGAAGCUGGAUAACUUGCUUCUUGAUACAGAGGGAUACGUAAAAAUUGCCGAUUUCGGUCUUUGUAAGGAAGGAAUGGGCUUCGGUGAUCGUACCGGGACUUUUUGUGGAACACCAGAAUUUUUAGCGCCGGAAGUCCUUACAGAAACUUCCUAUACACGUGCUGUGGAUUGGUGGGGACUUGGUGUGCUUAUAUUUGAAAUGUUAGUCGGUGAGAGUCCGUUCCCUGGCGAGGACGAAGAGGAGGUGUUUGAUUCUAUUGUCAACGAGGAAGUUCGUUAUCCUAGGUUCCUGAGUUUGGAAGCAAUUGCAAUUAUGAGAAGAUUGUUGCGAAAGAAUCCUGACCGCCGUCUGGGUUCAAGUGAUAGAGACGCUGAGGAUGUACGUAAGCAGGCGUUCUUCAGGAUGAUCAAUUGGGAAGACCUGCUUCAUCGUAAAGUCAAACCACCAUUCGUACCUACUGUCGAUUGUUUGGAAGACGUAAGUAACUUUGAUGAGGAGUUCACGAGCGAAAAACCGGCGCUCUCGCCGCCAAAAGAACCGCGAAUACUGACUGACAAGGACCAACUUCUUUUCAAAGAUUUCACCUAUAUGGCUGAUUGGUGCUGAUAAUGCCAACGUUAGCUGUUGCACGUUUCAGCAAAACGAACAAAAUGAGAAGGAAGCGCGCUGCGAACUAAAGCUCAUCUUUCACAUGCAAUGAUUUUUGUUACAAAGCCAACUCUUUUUUUAUUGUUUCCGAAUUCUAUGAAGUAAUUGAAAGAAUGCCAACAUUGAAUGAAGCAAUUGAAUUAGAUCAAGUUUAGAUGAUAAUGAAAUGUUAAAUCAAUUUGUAAGCAUUGUUAAUUGAUAGUUUUUAGUAAGAUCUCAAGUGGCUGCACUAUAUUUUCCAGCCAAGCAUGAUAAGAAACGAAAGAGAUUAUGGAAAUGAUCGAUGCAUAUCUAUUUGAAAAUACGAGAGAAGUGAUACUGAGAUUUCAUAAAUUGGUGAUAAUAUAAUCGGACAAGCUGAAAUAUAACAAGUGCUUUGCAAGGCGGAAGCAACCCAAUAAAAGUUUUGGUCGCGAAUGCAAAAAAUUAACAUUAUCAAGGUAUAAGCAAAGACUGCAUAAUCUAUAACUGAACAAUAAUUAAUCUAAUAAUAUUGAAAAUGUGAAUUUUAGCAUUUGUAACAAUUUUCAAUGUAAUGAAAGCCUAAAGAAAAAGCCAUUUUAUGUUUAUUGAUGAAAGAACAGUUCUAUUUAUAAGCAACGCAAAUAAUGAAUUACAUGGUGUAUGAUGUAGCAUAAUGUGCCUCCAUUUGUUUAUAGCGGUUGCAAGUGCGAUUUAAAGGCGCCUGCAACUGAUGUUGUAUUAAUGAUAGCAAUUCAUUAGCUUUUAUAAUCCCUUACAACUAUGAGCGUUCAUAAAUUUGUUGCAUUUCAAGCCUGAACUGAGUAAAUUUAUUUUAUUUAUUAGACUCUGUGAAAUUGCAAGUUUAACAUUAUGGACAAUCACUUUUAUCUAUCUUGUUAGUAUUCUUAGUCUUUAUUGCCUUGUAGACGAUAUACACACAUUACAUUUAUUAAUCGUAAUAAAUCAACAUAUUUAUGUACAUA